UAGAAUUAUAUAUAUUAUGAUGAGAGUCCUCAGGACAAGAGUGGGUGUUUAACUUAACAGAGCUGGCUUCAAUGGCAUCCCUUCCAACCAUCUCUGCUGACAAUAUACUUCUUCCCAAACACCAUUCCAAUGGCGCCCUUAAAUAUCUUUCCAAGAAGCCGCCUGCAGCCUACAAUCCCAUGAAGAAAAUCCAAGCUGCUCAUAAUACUGCACCUUCAUCCUCAUCUUUGCCGAACCCAUCCUUCCCUCUCCACGACUCCACAAACAGCACCGCCCUCGGCCAACCGUCCUUCCACUUUGAAAGCUACAUGGCCGAGAAGGCUGCGAGGGUAAACCAAGCCCUCGACAAGGCGGUGCCGCCUACCACCCAACACCCGACCAAAAUCCAUGAGGCAAUGAGAUACUCCCUCCUCGCCGGCGGCAAGCGUGUCCGCCCCAUCCUGUCUAUUGCUUCGUGUGAGCUGGUUGGAGGGGACGAGGCUCUUGCCAUGGCCGUUGCUUGCGCCGUGGAGAUGAUCCACACCAUGUCGCUAAUCCACGACGACCUCCCCUGCAUGGACAACGACGAACUCCGUCGAGGAAAGCCUGCCAACCACGUGGUGUUCGGUGAAGACAUGGCAAUUUUGGCUGGGGACGCCCUCCUGUCCCUCGCCUUCCAACACGUAACCACUAGCCCGGGGAAUGUCUCAUGGGACCGAGUGGCUCGAGCCGUCGCCGAGCUGGGCUCAGCAGUGGGCUCGGAAGGGCUGGUGGCGGGGCAGGUGGCGGACCUAUGCGGGGAAGGGAAAGAAGUGAGUUUGGAGGAGUUGGAGUAUAUCCACCUGCACAAGACGGCAAAGCUGCUGGAGGCAGCGGCAGUAUGUGGGGUGAUCAUGGGAGGGGGAGGUGAGGAAGAAGUUGAGAGGCUGAGGAAGUAUGCAAGGUGCAUAGGGCUGCUGUUUCAAGUGGUGGAUGAUGUAUUGGACAUGACGAAGUCGUCGGAGGAGUUGGGGAAGACUGCCGGGAAAGAUUUGGCAAAGGACAAGGCGACGUAUCCAAAGCUGAUGGGGUUGGAGGGGACCAAGAAAUUUGCGGGGCUGCUGGCAGCGCAGGCCAUGGAAGGGCUUGCCUGUUUUGACGCUGCGAGGGCUGCUCCUCUGCAUCAUUUAGCAAACUACAUUGCCAAUCGACGGAAUUAACUAGUAAAGAUAUUAAGUUCGUUUUUACUUGAUUUGGGCACUACUGCUUUUUGAAUCGUAUUUGAUUUGCUGUGUGUCCUAAGAAAACAAGUCAUGCCAUAAGUAUUGUUUGUGGAAGUAAUGUAUAUGAAGGUAUGAUGGGAUGCUUGUGAAUUUGGAAUUAAAAUGAAAUUUUAGUUCUAUGCAUG